UUGAGGUGAAAGUGCAAGGCUGCCAUUUUUUUCUUCUUAGAUCUUCCUGCUUAGUUGGACGUGCAGAGACAAACUACGAGUUUUAGCGUCACUUUUCAAGAGUUUUAACUUACAUUUUUGCGCCCUGAACACACUUAGUGGACGGAUUUUACAGAAGCUCUGUGUAUUUGAGCUCAGUUUGAGGCGCAGCCUUUGCUCGGCACUGCACGGGUCUGCAGACGGCUACUUAGCUCGGCGGGCUAACAUUAGCCGUGGCUGUAAACAAACUCUGCAGACAGUGGAGACCCAGUCGCCGAUAAACCACCACAAACUCUGCAGGUUGGGCCACAGAUCCAGCCGAAGACAGAGCUAACUCCAGGGAGUGUGGGCGGUCUGGUGCCGCGUGUCUGGGUGUGUUUAACACAACUUAAGUUUUGAUGACAGUGCGAGUUUCUUCAUAGCAGCUUUAGGAGCGGGUCUGUUGGAGCGCGGGGGAAACACUUGACACCCAACCACACUCAUUCACUCAGCGAUAUGUCGUCCUUCUCGGAGUCGGCCCUGGAGAAGAAACUGUCGGAGCUGAGCAGUUCACAGCAGAGCGUCCAGACUCUGUCUUUGUGGAUCAUCCACCACCGAAAACACUCGGGUCUCAUCGUUAAAGUGUGGCAUCGGGAGCUGAAGAAAGCUAAAAGCAGCAGGAAGCUGACUUUCCUGUAUCUGGCCAACGAUGUUAUCCAGAACAGCAAGAAGAAAGGACCAGAGUUCACCAAAGACUUUGAGACUGUCCUUGUUGACGCAUGCUCACAUGUGGCCAGAGAAGCCGAUGACGGAUGUAAAAGGCCCAUGGAGAGGUUGCUGAACAUCUGGAAGGAGAGGGCCCUCUAUAGAGCUGACUUCAUUCAGCAGCUCAAACUGGCAAUAGAAGACACAAACAGUCCCAGGCCUUCAGAGGAGAAAAAGGCAGUAAAACGCAGCUAUCAAAAGAUCCAGGAAGAAGAGGAUGAUGAGGAUGACGACUAUAGAAGCCACAACUCCCCUCACAUCACAGAUGCCUCUGCAAAUCAGCUGACUGAGGAACUGGUGAAAGCCCUGCAAGACUUGGAGAAUGCAGCAUCAGGUGAUGCAGCUGUUCGUCAGAAGAUCGCCUCACUGCCACAGGAAGUCCAGGAUGUUUCUCUGCUGGAGAAGAUCACUGACAAGGAAGCAGCAGACAAGCUGUCAAAGACGGUAGAUGAGGCUUGUUUGCUGCUGGCGGAGUACAAUGGCCGACUCGCUGCUGAGCUGGAGGAUCGGCGACAGCUGGCCCGCAUGCUGACUGAGUAUAUUGGCAGCCAGAAGGAGGCGCUCAUGGAGAGAGAAAAGAAACUAGAGGAAUACAAGCAGAAACUGGCGAGGGUGACUCAGGUGAGGAAAGAGCUCAAGUCUCAUAUCCAGAGUCUACCUGACCUGUCUCUCCUGCCAAACGUGACUGGGGGUCUGGCCCCACUUCCCUCUGCUGGAGAUCUCUUCUCCACUGACUGAGAUGUCUUUGCCCAGACGAACGUCCCUAAUGCUCCUCCGCACCAAAACCCAACCCCAUGUUUGAUCCACAAACAUACUCCCAGUUGUGUCUCCAGCUAGAGUACAUGUGGACAAACCUCUGUCAGUGGAGGAGCCAGCUCACCUGCUAACUCUAUAUCUGCAUGGCAAGAGGAAGAAAGGGACACAAGGAGGAAGGUUUGGUGAAGUCAAAUUGCUCUGCAGAGGAGAGAAUAGACUCUGUUGGCCUGGAUUUUUCCCUUUCUUACUCAGUCAACAAGGAUUCCACUCCACCAGCUUGGAACAAGUUUAUUUCCUGUUUGAUUUUAUUUGUCUGAUUUAGGAGGAGGAGAGAAGUGAAGAAGCUAAAGCUUCCAUAGACCCAAGUGUUAAGGUGUCAGGGUGUGUCAUUCAUUUCUGUGUGGCAUUUUGAAAACAGAGGUGGGCCGUUUGCUCUGAAGUUGUCUGAGGUUGUGACUACACUGUGAACAAGAUGUACCUUUCAUUAGUUUUAUUUUUAUGGCUUGGAGUUAAUGGCUUUUUAAUGACACAUAGUCAGGUAGUUUUGAUGUGUGUACAAUUACAGAAGAGACCAGAUUGAGUUUAAUGUAUGAUGGAUAUUGGAUGUUUGAUGAAAGCUCAUCGUUGACAACUGUUACACAUUACCCCCCCCCCAGUACAGUAACUCAUCAUAGAGACUGUGACUAUAUAGGAUUUGUGGGACAGCAUCUUUAUGAAAGUUUGAAAUGUUUUGUUUCUCUCCUUUACAGAGUAAAACUGUACAAAUUCAAAGUUCCUGCUUGUUUUCACACUUAAUUCCUAAAGGGCGCUGAGGCUGUUUAUGUUCACAAGUGUGUACAAGGAAGUGUUUGAGUUUUGUAUAGCAAAUCCUGGAUGUUGAUGAAACAAUUCAACUUUUGCUUUCAAAGUAACCCUCUGGUUUUUGUUUUAUUAAAUUAAUUGUGUUAUGAAAUUCAAAAAAGUGCAGUAUUUGCUAAAAGAGAAGACUUGUCUUUCUGAUAUUGUAUAUCACAAGAUCUUUUUUGGUAUAAAAAAAUUAGUGAAACCAUUACAAUUGAUGACUUGAGCAUCUUUGUCUUCAUUUUUAAACGUUAAACAAAUGGCUCAUUUGAUUGACAAUAUUAAAUUCGCACAAUAACAAUAAUUGCACAUAUUUCUUGAUGCUACCUGUGAGGGAUUUAUACAUUUUAGUAUAUUUUAAAACUGACAAACCCCCAUUACAUACAGUAUAUUGUCAUUUUCAUAUUCUAUUUAGGAAGUAUGACAUUUUCCUUAUGUAAUAUUUGGAACAACAUUUGAGAGAAAUGAAUUUUCUUGACAAUUAUCAUUUGUUGAGUUGAACUGAUCAGGCCUUUCAGUGCUGGUGAAUUUUGCAAAUAAAAGUAGAUUACAGUAGCUGUAACCUGCUGAUGCAACAAUCUUUGGAGACAGUAGAUGUUACAAUUUAUUUUCAGUAAACAGCCUGACUGUUUCCAGGCAGUCAGUAUGUUAGAUUCAAUCUUUAAUACCAUGGUCAUUAAAGAUAACUACACUGUCGAAAUGUGUGCCAGGAAGGAUUUCAAGCACAUUCUGACACAGUUGUGCAACACUAUUGAUAAAAGUUUGGUCUUUUCUCAUCUACUUGUCUCUCUGCAAAAUCAUACUGGACUUGCAGGACUUCACCAACAGGAGUGCUUUUCUGAAAGUGAUUCAGUGAAUGCCAAUAAACUGGAACUAUUUGAAACAUGA